CCGUGCAGACGAGACGCGACACGCGACACGGGAAGAGGAGGGGGGAGGGGAACACACGCCACACUCCUCUCGCCCGCAUCGCACUCGCACCGCACGCGUCGAAGGAUCGGGAAGGCGCAGCCCCGCGUCGGAUCGAGAGCUAGGGUUAUGAGCGGCGGGGACGGGGAAGAGGCAGCCGCCGCGGCGGCGGCCGCGACGCUGCACAUCCGGUGCACCAACGGCUCCAAGCUCGCGGUGCGGGCCGACCUGGGGCUCAGCGUCGGGGCGUUCAAGGCGAUCGUCGCCGAGAGCUGCGACGUGCCGGCGCCGCAGCAGCGGCUGAUCUACAAGGGCCGGAUCUUGAAGGACGAGCAAACCCUAGCCAGCUACGGUGUUGAGACGGAUCACACCAUUCACAUGGUCCGUGGUGCUGCACCACCACCAGCGUCAACCGCACCUCCUGCAGCCAACAAUGUAACUCCUGCCAUUAAUGCUACCACUGCUUCCAAUUCACCAGCAGUUGGUUUUGGAGGUUUGUUGCAUGGUCUUGGGGGUUCAGGUUCUGCUAACAGUGGAGGGUUGGGCUCAUUUGGUUCUGGCCUUCCAGAACUAUCCCAGAUGCAACAACAGCUAUCCGAGAACCCUACGUUGAUGAGAGAAAUAAUGAAUAUGCCACUCAUGCAGAAUAUAUUGAAUAGCCCUGAUCUAAUUCGCAAUAUAAUUAUGAACAACCCCCAAAUGCGUGAAAUUGUUGAUCGUAAUCCAGAUCUUGCUCAUGUCCUCAAUGAUCCAAGCAUUCUCCGCCAGACUGUUGAAGCAGCUAGGAAUCCUGAACUUAUGCGAGAGAUGAUGCGGAACACAGACAGAGCCAUGAGCAACAUUGAAUCUUCUCCAGAAGGGUUCAAUAUGCUCCGCCGCAUGUAUGAAACUGUUCAAGAGCCAUUUCUGAAUGCAACAACGAUGGCUGGGGAGGGUGAUAGAAGUUCAAACCCAUUUUCUGCUCUCCUAGGAAAUCAUGGAUCAAACCAAGCCAGAGAUCCAGCUGCAAAUUCACCAACGACCACCUCAGAAUCCACAACAGGUUCUCCUGCUCCAAACACUAAUCCACUUCCAAAUCCCUGGAGCACAACUGCUGGAGCUGCACAGGGAGCAACAAGGCCCUCUCCAGUUACCAAUGCAAGGAGUGCCACAGCUGGUGGCCUAGGAGGGUUAAGUUCUACAGAUUUGGGAGGUAUGCUGGGUGGUGGCUCGGAUACUUCCUUCUUGAGUCAGGUGUUGCAAAAUCCUACAAUGAUGCAAAUGAUGCAGAACAUUAUGUCAAAUCCUCAGUCCAUGAAUCAGCUGCUUAAUAUCAACCCAAAUGUACGUAAUAUGAUGGAAUCUAACACUCAGUUGAGGGAGAUGUUCCAGAACCCAGAAUUUGUUCGCCAGUUGACAUCUCCUGAAACUUUGCAGCAAUUAAUCUCAUUCCAGCAGUCCUUGAUGUCACAACUUGGUCAACAACAAGCUGGCCCAGAGCGAACCCAAUCAGGUGCUGGUGCAGGCAAUACUAACCUCAACAAUCUGAUGAGCAUGUUCAGUGGGCUCGGUGCUGGUGGUGGCCUAGGUGUUCCUAGUGCACCCAAUGUUCCACCAGAAGAGCUAUAUGCAACACAACUAGCUCAGCUCCAAGAAAUGGGUUUCUUUGACACACAGGAGAACAUUCGAGCUUUGAUUGCUACAGCGGGAAAUGUUCAUGCUGCGGUGGAGCGACUUCUUGGGAAUAUUGGCUGAUAGACUGUUGUGAUCGAAGAUGUCCUCGACUUGUUACCUGUAGCUCAGAUUGUAAGAUUGUCUGGUUCAUUGGUUUUAUACCGUCAGAUUCAAAGGCAUCAUCUAGGUACAUGGUUUAGAUGAAUAAAUGAGUCAAGUGGGUUAACCUUUCCAUACAUGGUUGUCAUGUCGUGAUCGAGAUAUUGGUGUAUUGAUGGUACUUUGGGUUGGUGUAUAUACAUAUUGAGCUAUUGGUGGUUACUGCAGUGUACAUGACCGUUGUUUAUGUUUACU